AUGAGGCUGGGACCCAGCAGGGCAAGGCCUGGGAGACUGGGAGCAGAGCCCCUGCCUGAAGCCCAAAGGCUAUCGAGGGGCACCCCUGCGCCCCGGAGAACCAGCCCUCUCCACUCCCACAGGAAGCUCGCUUUCCAGGCCCCAGUAAGGCCUUUCCUCGCUCUGGUGUUUCUGGUUUCCAUCAAUCAAGUCAGAGCCUCUCUCCUUGAGGACACAACUCGGAAGUGGGCUGAGUACAAAGAGAUGUGUCUGAAAGAAUUACUCAAGAAACCUUCUGGUAUAUUUUGUAAUGGGACGUUUGAUAAAUAUGUGUGCUGGCCUCAUUCCUCUCCGGGAAAUGUCUCCGUUUCCUGUCCUACAUAUUUACCUUGGUGGCGUAAAGAGAACUCAGAAAGGGCCUACAGACGCUGUUUGGCUCAGGGUACUUGGCAGACGUGGGAGAACACCACGAAUAUUUGGCAGGAUGACUCGGAAUGCGACGAGAACCACAGCUUCAGGAAGAACGUGGAACAUCAGACCUUGCUGUCGACCUUGCAGCUGAUGUACACCGUGGGAUACUCCCUCUCCCUGGUCUCCCUUUUCCUGGCUCUAGCUCUCCUCCUGUCCCUUCGAAAACUCCACUGUACACGCAACUACAUCCACAUGAACUUGUUUGCGUCUUUCAUCCUGAGAGGCCUGUCUGUGCUGGUGAAGGACGUGGUCAUCUACAACUCUUACACCAAGAAGCCUGACGACUUGAACGGGUGGAUGUCCUUCAUACCGCAGGUCUCCACUUCCUGCCGUUCGGCCCAGGUUCUCCUGCACUACUGCGUGGGUGCCAAUUACUCGUGGCUGCUCGUUGAAGGCCUUUACCUUCACAUUCUGCUGGGUCCCACAUUGCUUUCUGAAAGGCGGCUAUGGCCCACAUACCUGCUGGUGGGUUGGGGCUUCCCUGUGCUAUCUGUCCUCCCUUGGGGUAUCGUCCGAGCUCAGCUGGAGAACACUGGGUGCUGGGGAACCAAUGGGAACAAGCUAAUCUGGUGGAUCAUCCGAGGACCUGUACUACUUUGUAUAACAGUCAAUUUCCUCAUCUUCCUGAAAAUUCUCAAGCUUAUCAUUUCUAAGCUCAAAGCCCAUAAAAUGUGCUUCAGAGAUUAUAAAUUCAGAUUGGCGAAAUCAACACUGGUCCUCAUUCCUUUAUUGGGUGUCCAUGAGAUCCUCUUCUCUUUCAUUACUGAUGAGCAAGUUCAAGGACUUUCAAAACUGAUACGGCUCUUCAUUCAGUUGGCACUGAGCUCGUUCCAUGGAUUACUCGUGGCCUUCCUGUACUGCUUUGCCAAUGAAGAGGUGAAGGCCGAGCUGAGGAAACACUGGAUCCGCUUCAUGCUGGUCCACCACUCAGGCUGCAGAACCUGGUUCCUGGGGAAGAACUUCAGGUUCCUGGGGAAGUGGCCCAAGAAGCUGUCAUUGGGAGAUGGCGCAGGGACACUGCAGAAAUUGCAGCUCUCACACAGUAGUGGUGAGCAGUUCCUGCAUGUCACUGAACGGGGCCUGCGCGAGCUGGACACCCGGUCCCACCGAGGCCACACUGCCUGGCCCCGGGGCAGCAGCCUGUCUGAGAGCAGCGAGGGAGACUUCACCCAGGCCAACACCAUGGAGGAGAUUCUAGAGGAGAGUGAGAUCUAG